CCUCAGUUUACUGAUCUACCUCCCCUGCAGCAAAGUGUGAACACAACAGAAAUAACAGGACAUUUGCUCACAUGAAUUAGCCCUGGAGUAACCACUGUUUUCAUAGGAAAGAACAAACCAACUCUUCCACGCACUAAAACCUGUUCGAUUUCCACUUAUGAAAAGCAGCUGAAAUAAAACAUGCAGAGCGCAUGCAAUACAUUUUAUGCAACUGCAGGGCCACACAGUCAUUGCUUUUCCUGCUGGAUCCAUCAUGAUAACUCCAGCUUUUGAACUGACCCAGGAUCCGGAUUUUCUCACGAUAAUAAUCAGAGUACCUUAUGCCAGAGCUUCAGAGUUUGAUGUGUAUUUUGAAGGGGAAGACUUUAAGUUUUAUGCUAAGCCAUACUUUCUCAGAUUGACACUUCCUGGGAGAAUUGUAGAAGAUGGCAGAGAAAAAGCAUCCUAUAAUACAGACGAAGGAACUUUUACAAUUCGGUUACCCAAGGAGGUUCCUGGCCAAUAUUUUGAGGGCCUGGACAUGCUGACAUCUCUUUUAGCACCAAAGAAAUCAAGAUCAGCAAAGCCUUUGGUAGAAGAGAUAGCUGCCUCUGCUGAGCUGUCUGAGGAGGAGGAGGAAGAAGAAUUUGACUGGGAAAUAGAGCAGACCCCUUAUGAAGAAAGUUCAGAAAGCACUCCACCACUGCAGCACCCUUAUGGAUUUGGGAAUUUGCGGUCAGGGGUGUUCCAGAGGCUGCAGGAUGAGCUCAGUGAUGUGAUUGACAUCAAGGAUCCAGACCAGACUCCUGCAGAUGAACGAAGGAGGAGACGCCUGGAAGCUGAGGCUGCCAAGUUUGAGCCUGAUCAUUACCUAGCUGAUUUUUUUGAAGAUGAAGCUAUUCAGCAUGUUUUAAAGUACAAACCCUGGUGGGUUGAUGCACAUAAAAAGCUGACAGCCUUGCAGAGGGAAAGUCAUCAGGAACAUGACACUCAUACAUUCGUUGUCUUCUCUGAGGAAGAGAGAGAGCAGCUCAGAAAGUUCACAAAUAAAUCUUACCUGCUGGAUAAAAGGAGCCGUCAUCAUGUAUAUCUUGGAUUAAUUGAUAUCCUCCUGGCAUAUUGCUAUGAGAUCUGUGUCAAUGAAGGGGACAAAAAUGUUGAAUCGUCUUGGAACAUCAGGAAACUGAGUGCAACGUUGUGCUGGUUGGAGAGCUUCACUUGCAUCCAUGAUGUCCUGGUAUCUUUUGGAAGAAGAGUGCUGUGCUACCCCCUGUACAGACAUUUUGGGUUAGUGACACGUGCCCUCAGUGACACAGUCAUGAUACUGCAAUUAGGAAAAGCUGCAGUUUUGAAGUGUCUGCUGGACAUUCACAAGAUUUUCAGGGAGAGUGACCCUGCCUACAUCCUUAACGAUCUCUUCAUUACAGACUAUUGCAUCUGGAUUCAAAAAAUCAAGUCAAAAAAGUUGGCUGCACUCUCUGAGUCCUUGCAGAAAACCACGCUCACCAAGUCCCACAUGGGGUUGGAACUGGAGGAGCUGGAAGCAGCAGCAGUGCUGGUACAGGAGGAAGAGAACGCGUUAAAAGCUGCUGGCACAGUUUCCAAGCAACAGCUGCUUUCCUCGGAGUCGGAGACGAGUGACUCUGAAGAAUCAAGCAGCACUUCAUCAUCUGAGACAGAAGGCUCUGAUUCAGAUGAGCAAGAGUCCUCGACCAGUGAAGAUGGGGAAAUAAAUUCCUUCCAAGGCACACUUGAGGAGGAGAGGACAGCUCCACUUAUUGACUGUAAUGGACUGAGGCAGGGCACAAACACCUCGGCGCUGGGGGUUACUGAUGGAACAGCAGAGGCUUCUUUGCAGUCUGUGUCUCUUCCCGGGAAAUUGAUAGAGGAAUUGGAAAUGCAAAUGCACUCUGCAAUGAGGCUUUCAGAGCAGCCUGGAGGAUUGGCUACUGUGAGCUGCGUUUCACAGGAACAAGCAGAAAACCCUGUACCCAAACCUGACAGAUUUUCAGAAGAUGCUGCUGGGAAGGGAAGUUUCUUGGAGGUGUCUUCAAAGCCAAACCCGUUGCUUUUUCUCUGCAGCACAAAUGAAGAUGAAGACUAAAGGACCAUGUAGGAACACAGUGUGACCCACGGGCACACAGCUCAUCACUGUGAUGAGAUGUCCCAAGGCUGUCCUGAGCUGCAGAAACAUGUUUUUGUUUUUUGUUGGAGGACAAGACUGCUUUGAAAAGAAUUUGUAUGACUGUGUGUUAGACACCUUCACAGUUAAUUUUUAUUUUUCUCCUCUGAUUCAACAGUCUGAGUUUUGAUGUGGGAAUGUAUAAUUUCAAUAAACUUCUAGAAGCAGUC